AGAACAUCUACAUCAGAGGAGACAUCACUGGUUGUAAUAGAUGUCCAAGCCUCUUAUGGAGAAGAAAAGAAGAGCCAGAAUUAACAAUUCUUUGGAACAACUGAAAACCUUACUAGAAAAGCAUUACAGCUAUAAUGUGAGGAAGAGGAAGUUGGAGAAAGCAGAUAUCUUAGAGCUGACUGUGAAACACAUCGAGAACCUGCUCAGUAUGAGACAAGAAGGAAUGGCUCCAGUGGAUCAAGAAGGGAUCAUUGAGUAUAAAGAAGGAUUCAAAGGCUGUCUGAACAAACUCAGUUCCUAUCUAACGAGGACAAAGACUUCACAAGAGAAACUUGGACUGAUGCUUGUAGAUCACCUCAAUGUCCUUGAUACUCAGGCUUAUGAUGGCCACAUUCAAAAUUACCAAGUCCCAACUAGUCUUACAUUACCAGAGUUACCAAAGCAGUCAAUAGCAUUACACCCAAAUCAUUAUAGGGUGGAAAAUAGCAUGAGCUACUUGGAAUCUAGAAACAUUCAAAGGAAAAAAUUAUCAGGAAACACAACCUUAAAUGAAGAAGCAUUGAUAAAAGGACAACAGAUUUUAACCCAAGAUAUACAUGGAACAAGUUCUACUUCUUCUUCUUCAUUUCCAAACAACCUGUACCCACCAAACUCAUGUCAGCAACCAACAAAUGCAUGCUGGAGACCCUGGUGAUAUGACAGCCUAAAUACAGUAUAUUCCUUAUGUGACUUCACAUUGUCCAUGGGGU